AUGGUAGAAUACAAAGGUCGCACCAUAACGGAUUUCUUCAAGGCGUAUUCGAGGUCCCCACCCAAGCGACAUGUGUCCAAUCACGAAGGGUGUACAGCUCUCCCUCCAGCUCCAGGGAGUCUCUCUGUGUUGACUCUAGACCGACAAACGUCACUGGCACCGAAUUCCACGACACGGGAAGGAAGCGAAGCUAGUCCUUCUCCAAUGGGCUUGCCCCAGCGACUCACAUAUCAACCAGUAGGGAGCAUGAAGGGGCAAGACUUCCUCGGCGAGGAGCCAGGGUCAACACCUACCCUACCUAGCAGCCAACGGGUUGUCAAAAAUGGCGAAGUCAAGAUAUUGGACUCUGACGACGAGAGACAAUCUGACACUUCAUCUCUUGAGGAUCUUGACGAAAUACUCAUGAAAAGACAUGUCCCCCAAAGUUCAACCCCACGGGACCAUUGCCUAGCGGUCACGUCACUCGAUCUAAACGGUGAGCCAAAGAGGCCGAAACGAGUAGCACAGAGGGACACAUCUUCACCUCAACCUCAAAAAGUCCACAAAUUCUCACUGCAGACUUUAGCGAAGCAGAGAAAGGCGUAUGAAUCUUCGAAAGAGGAUAUUGUCAGGACGAAACAGGUAGUAGAAGAGCGCUCAAGCGAAGAAGCGCGACGGACGGUUGAUGAUGCUGGUGUCCUGGAGAACGUCAUGCAGAACUGUGGUGAUCACGAAGACAUAGCUAGACUUAAGGCUGCAAUCAAUAGGACGGAGGCACUUCUCCACGAUGUACAUUGGUCCUGGUUUGCUCCAGAUGUUGAGCUCCCACAAACAGCCCUGUGUCCUCUCACAGAAGACCCUAGUCUAUGUACACUCCUAUCAGAUUUGAAGAGCCAACAGCAGGCAUUUCUCGGUGGUUUGGUUGACGACUACGCGAUGAAAGGCUGCCUUCCUCGAGAGCUCCUAGCGUGGACAAUUGAAGCGGCCUGUACAGAACCAAGAGACGAUCUCAGACAGGCUUAUAAGGGGAUUCUUAGCAAAGUAUCGCCCGACAUGAUACAGAGAAUCACUGCCAACCGAAUUGAAGCUCUGUUCACAUGGAUAGGUGCAAGUCAAGAGGCCUUACAGGUUGAUUCAUGCAUAGAAGCUCGGUCCGGUCCAGAAAGCUUUUGUACCAAGCAACAAAGCUUAAGUCUCGAAUCUCUGGUAGAUAUAAUGCAUCACCUUGCUCCAAAUCUUUGCCUAUCAGCACAGAUCCGAGCCAUAAUCGUUCUCUGUCGCUUGCUUAUGGACACAAGUCUCGCAAGCAACAGACACUUUCAUGGCGUUCUAGAGCCAGCACUCACAGCGAUCCUAGCAUACGCUUUGGACAGCCCCAAUGCAUCAUCUGAUUCCUCGCCAGUCUCGACUGUAUUGUGCAGCCUUCGCAAAACAACCAAACACCCAAAGCUCCGUGUCCAACUUCUCCGCAAUCUACCUCUGCUCUCCCCCGACUGGCUUAUGAUUCGGCGCCAACUGGCACUCGUUUGGUUUUUCGAGGACGAUUCAUACAUUCGCCCUAGUGAUCAAAAUCAAUUCUCGAUUCACGACGUCUGUAAACGACUCUCAACGCCCACCUUUGCCCUCGAUAGAACUACCGACUUUGCACUCUUCACCUCAUCUAUUCAGAUCUUGGAUUUCGCUCUAGACAGUUGCAGUCGACUGCAUCCAACAAUCACGAUAAGUCCUCACAAAGAGAAGGCAUUCAACGAUGCAGUUGAUGAACUUGCCGCUAUGGUCAAGGGUAUGUUUAUGAAAAUAAUUGAUUGCGGAGCAAGCGACAUGCGCCGCACAGAAGCAAAGGAGGUUCUCGAGGGGUUGCAGUCUAGAUUACUGUACACCGUACGAACGAAGCCGCGGCGAAGGAAGAACGUGUUUGGCAAUGACUUUGAAGAAUACAUGGGCGAGAAGGAGGUUUUGAAUGGCUGGAUUGGCGCGGCACACAAGAACACUCUUUCUUGCGACGCUCGGACAUCUCAUGUGGAUGCUGGCGGUUGA